AGUCACCAGUGUGCAGAAGUAACAGUAGCUGCAAGAUUCGAGGGUCAAAUCUCCAUAACCAGAAAAAAUUCAGAAUCUCUGAUCUUGCGAUUCCUCUCAUGUAGAGUGUCAAUCUCACACUCACUACCUUCCUCCAGAUCCAGCUUGAGGGUUCUUCCUAUUUUUGCCCGUAGGUUUUGUAAUAAAAAGCCUACGAGCAACUGUAAUGGCUCACAGCUCUGACGAGGAUUCUGAUAUAAGUGAAUCAGAAAUAAGCGAGUACGAAGAUAAAUAUUAUGAAGAACUGAAAAAUGGAAGUCAGAAUGUGAAAACCUCAGAUGAGACCUUCACUUGUCCAUACUGCCCUAAAAAAAGGAAACGGGAUUAUUUAUACAAUGAACUCCUUCAACAUGCUUCUGGGGUGGGUCAGAGUGGUUCACAAAAGAGAAAGGCAAAAGAAAAGGCUAAUCAUUUGGCCUUAGUGAAAUAUUUGGAAAAGGAUCUAAAGAAUGGAACGAAUGGUGAUGUUCCAUCAAAACCCGCUGAUAAAAAUGAUUCUCAGGUUAAUUCUGAUGAGCAGUUUGUGUGGCCCUGGAUUGGGAUUGUAGUUAAUAUUCCCACUAGACGGACAGAAGACGGGCGCACUGUUGGGGCGAGUGGUUCCAAGCUGAGGGAUGAGUACAAAAGCAGGGGUUUCAAUCCUGUUCGAGUCAAUCCUUUGUGGAAUUUCCGAGGUCACACUGGAACUGCUCUUGUGGAAUUCAAAAAAGACUGGCCAGGCUUAGAUAAUGCGUUAGCCUUUGAAAGAGCAUAUGAAUUAGAACAUCAUGGGAAAAAGGAUUGGUUUGCUAAUUCUGAACCGAAGGCUGGUCUAUAUGCCUGGGUUGCCCGAGCAGAUGACUACAACAAAAUGAACGUCAUUGGGGAACAUCUGCGGAAGAUGGCUGAUGUCAAAACCAUACCUGAACUCAUUGAAGAAGAAGCUCGAAGGCAGAAUAGUCUAGUGUCCAAUUUGACUAACAUUAUACAGGUGAAAAACAAGCACUUAAAAGAGAUGGAACUAAGAUGCUCUGAGACUACGGUCAAAAUGGAGAUUGCCAUAUCAGAAAAAGAUAAGCUCAUUCAAGAUUAUAAUGAAGAGAUAAAGAAAAUACAGUCAAGUGCUAGGGAUCACUUCCAAAGAAUUUUUAACGAUCAUGAGAAGCUUAAAUUGCAACUGGAAUCUCAGAAAAGCGUGCUUGAGUUGCGAAAAAUUGAAUUGGAAAAGCGCGAGGCACAUAAUGAAAGUGAAAGAAAAAAGCUGGCAGAAGAUAUUGAGGAGAACGCAGUGAAGAAUAACUCUCUUCAGAUGGCUUCUCUGGAGCAACAGAAAGCGGAUGAAAAUGUUAUGAAACUGGCUGAAGAUCAAAAGAGAGAAAAAGAAAAACUCCAUGCUAAAAUCAUUCAACUUCAAAAAGAACUGGAUAUGAAACAAAAGCUGGAAUUGGAGAUUCAACAGCUAAAAGGAUCAUUAAGUGUUCUGAAGCACAUAGAAGAUGAUGAAGAUGCAGAAGUUCUGAACAAGGUUGAUGCUUUACACAAGGAUUUGAGAGAAAAGGAGCAGUCACUUCAAGACAUAGAUGAAUUGAACCAAACACUAAUCGUCAAAGAGCGGAGGAGUAAUACCGAGCUGCAAGAAGCUCGAAAGGAAUUGAUUGAUUACAUUAAAGAGACGUCAUCUCGAGGCCACAUUAAGGUGAAGAGAAUGGGGGAACUGGACACUGGACCGUUCCUUGAAGCCAUGAAGAAAAGAUAUAAUGAGGAGGAAGCUGAAGAGAGAGCUUCAGAACUGUGUUCAUUGUGGGCAGAAUAUCUGAAGGACCCAGAUUGGCAUCCAUUCAGAGUUGUCAUAAUUGAAGGGAAAGAAAAGGAGAUAAUUAAAGAUGACGAUGAAAAGUUGAAUGGCCUAAAAAAUGAAAUCGGUGAAGGGGCGUAUAAAGCAGUGAUGACUGCUUUAACAGAGAUAAAUGAUUACAAUCCCAGUGGGCGAUACAUAACCUCAGAAUUGUGGAACUAUAAAGAGGGAAGGAGAGCAACUCUGAAAGAAGGAGCGCAAGUUCUGUUGAAGCAUUGGGAAGUGGUUAAAAGCAAGAGGGGAAUGAUGUGAAGGAACAAACAUGCUGCAUUUGGAUAGCUAAUUUAUGCGCAGCUGGGUUUUAAGCAUCCAGAUUUGUAGUGCUGCCAACCUAACGGUUGUGUGUGACAAUGAUAAACUGUUAGUUUUCACUAGUCAUUAGGGUUCUAUGGACAUCUUGCUGUGAAUCAAACUGCAAUAAUAAUGACAGCCCUUGUGCUAUCUCAAGUGUGGGGCAAGACAUUGAUGUCAAACUUGUACAACUUAAUUAAUCGUUUAUUUUAGCAUGUUUCUUUUGGUA